ACGUUCGCCGUGUUCAUCAUCUGCUCCUCACUCAUCUCUCUUUCAUUUCGUCGCACUGGAAAACAGGAUCUAAAUAUUCUGGAUCCACUAGCCCCCAGCCUCCUCCCUACCCCCCUUCACAGCCAUCACGUGUUUCAGCCAAUUCAACCAGCCGCUUGCUGAAACGCUGGAAGCACUUUCUGGAGAGAAGGUUGUGAAAACCUGCGAGAUUGACGUCAAAGAUUACACUAUUCAAAACACUGCGAACUGACCUGAAACGGAAAGAACUGGAUCCGACUCGAACCAUGACGAAUUAACUCCCGACUCCAAGUGUCUUUCGCCUGCAACCCUAUGGGAAGUUUGUGCGACAUCCGCGGCGCGCGCAGCGGUGCUGUCCAUACGAGCUCAUCCUCAUCAUCCUGAGCUGUUGGGAAUACGCUCCAUACAUAUCUUUAUAUUAUAUAACGGCCCAGAAUCGGUAAAGGAAACAUCCGACAGAGAGGAACACGCAGCAUUUAUCGGAGCGAGGAUUUGUGGAGUACAUCCAUCAAUGGCAAGAAAUUUCAUUAGAGAAACCUUAGCCAAGGAAAAUGAAACGUUUUUAAGGAGGAUGGAAAUACCAAACAAGGACAGCUGGUCGCCUGAAAAUGAGCCUACGUCAGUGAGACGGCACCCUUUCUGUUCCAGUCUAAAGAUGUUCCUUGUAGCCUUGUCCUUUGCCUACUUUUCAAAGGCUUUAUCUGGAAGCUAUAUGAAAAGCACAAUAACUCAGCUGGAGAGGCGCUUUGACAUCCCCAGUUACUUAAUAGGAGUCAUUGAUGGAAGCUUUGAAAUAGGUAACUUGUUGGUUAUCGCCUUUGUCAGUUACUUUGGUGCCAAGCUUCACCGACCAAAGAUCAUUGCCUUGGGCUGUCUGCUGAUGUCAUUAGGGACAUUCUUAAUAGCACUCCCUCAUUUUAUUAUUGGAAGAUACAAGUUUGAAACAUCAGUGAGAUCGUCAGCGAACUCAACAAACAACCUCACUUUAUGUCCAACCAGUGUGCUUGUGGGUAAUCAUUCCUCUACACUUUCAAGCACAGGCUGUGAGAAUGAGUCCAGGUUAUCCAUGUGGAUCUAUGUGUUACUGGGAAACAUCCUCCGUGGGAUUGGUGAGACCCCAGUACAGCCUUUGGGAAUUUCUUAUAUAGAUGAUCAUGCUCUGGACGACAAUGCAGCGUUCUACAUUGGGUGUGUUCAGACGAUAUCGGUCAUAGGUCCAGUGUUUGGUUAUCUGCUUGGAUCCCUUUGUGCAAAGAUAUAUGUGGACAUUGGAUUUGUAAACAUGGAGAGCAUUAGCAUUACACCAGGAGAUGCACGCUGGGUAGGAGCGUGGUGGUUGGGAUACCUUAUAGCAGGGCUCAUCACCCUCAUAUCAGCCGUGCCCUUCUGGUUCUUUCCCAAGUCCCUGCCCGUGCCAGAGGGACGACUGGCCAAGUGCUCUCCUGAGCGGACCAGCUUCAUCAAGGACUCUCCUGGACUGGACCACAAGUAUCAGGCAGAUGAACAAUUCAGUUUCGUAAGACUGGCCAAAGAGUUUUUGCCAACACUGAGAUCUCUCCUGGGGAAUCCAGUCUACAUUUUAUACCUCUGUGUUACUGUCAUCCAGUUUAAUUCUUUGAUAGGAAUGGUGACAUACAAACCAAAAUACAUAGAACAACACUAUGGACAGUCAGCAUCCAAAGCUAACUUCUUAAUGGGGGUAAUCAACAUCCCAGCUGUUGCAUUGGGAAUGUUCUCAGGGGGUGUGCUUAUGAAGAAGCUCAAGCUGAGCAUCAUGGGAGCAGCCAAGUUUGCACUAGGAACAUCUCUGUUGGGCUACUUUCUGUCUUUGUUCUUCUUUGCCAUGGGUUGUGAGAAUGCCAAAGUGGCUGGCAUCACUGUGUCAUAUGAAGGAACGGAGAGUCUCUCUCAUCAGAACAGCACACUCUUUGUGAAGUGUAAUGCACACUGUGAGUGCUCAAAAACAGAAUGGGACCCAGUGUGUGGUGAGAAUGGGCUCACAUAUGUCUCACCAUGCCUGGCUGGGUGCCGGAUGUCUCGUGGCUCUGGAGUAGACACAGUGUUUGAGCAGUGUAACUGCGUGGCAGGAGGAAACCUAACAGCAUACGUGGGUCACUGCAGACACAGAGAGAGCUGCCAGAGAGUCUUCCCCUACUUCUUAGCUCUGUGUGUCAUCACUUCCUUUAUUAUCUCCCUGGGUGGAACACCAGGAUACAUGCUACUCAUCCGAUGCAUCAGGCCACAGCUGAAGUCUUUAGCUUUAGGAUUUCACACCCUGACAACACGCACUCUCGCUGGCAUCCCAGCUCCGAUCUACUUUGGGGCAAUCAUUGACACUGCCUGUCUAAAAUGGGGCCAUAAGAAGUGUGGUGGAAAAGGAGCGUGUAGAAUCUACAACACAACUGCCUACAGGAUAGCAUAUCUGGGCUUAACACUGGGCCUGAGGACAGCCUCCUUCUUCCUGUGCGCUCUGGGUCUGGUGGUCUUACAGCGGCACAUCAAAAGGCAGGAGAACGGCACACUUUCUAACGGCAACACUGGACACACUGUUGCAGAACUGCAAGCACUUAGAAAAGAGGAAACCCAUAACUCACACUCAGACCAGUCCCCACGGACCUCAGACUAUGACCCUGAGCGGGAGACGCGCCUGUGACACUCACAGAUCUAAGCGGUCAUGCAGGGAACCAUCAGGCUGAAUUUAUGUUGGGUUUUUUUGUUGUUGUUUUUUCCUAGAGUAUAAAACUAUUUCUAUCAGAUUAUAUAAAAGAUCAGAAAUUUGUUGUUUUGACAUUGAAAAUAACUAUUGAAUGUAAAUAAUGUUUUAUGAAAAACAAACAAACAAAAAAUGUAGCAAAAUACUUUUGGUGGGUGGAGGGAGGUGAUGGAUUUUAUAAGCAAGUGUAUUUUUUUUAUUUGAUUGUGGUUAAUUGCAGAUAUCAUUACUUUUUAAUGCAAAGUGAGACUCUUGUUUUAUGUCUGUAUUUUCUUAAACACUAAAUCUACUGUACUGCCAUAUGAGUGCAGUAUUUGGAUGGUGGAUUAAAUACCUGUAACUGAGCCUGCUAUUAAGGCAUGUUUGAUUCAUUUAACACUAUCGGUGGUUAAUAAUGUCUAUGUGUGGAGAACAUAUGGCCAAAGUGCGUUUACUGUUUUAUUUAGAGAGAAAAAAACAGGUUAAGAUUCUGGGCCAGAAUAAUUACUUUUGAUGAAGAAUACUUACUACAAGUAAUGGUCUAUGGAGAAUGUCCAUUAAGGACAGAAUAUAAAUAUUUCCUGAGUGCUUGAGUAUGAAAAGAUACUUGCACUUUUGUGAAAUGGUCUCACCUGGAGUAAUUCAUAUCUGCACAUUAAGUUGUGUAUUUGUAAUUCAGGCUUAAGCUAGGCCUUUAAUAGUGUCACAGCUAUCAUAUCCAUAUCCAAUAUUUACACACUGAAUGUUAAUUGUAGCUUAAAUCAUAGACACUAUGAAAGAUACACAUUCUUCUUAUUGAAAAGUAUAAAUACAAAUGUUUGUAGAAACCCCUUCUAUCAAAUGCAUUUAGCUAGUUUUGGUUGCACCUACUGCUGACAUAGAUGUGCAUAUGCACACACACAGUUAGUAUAGUCCUUGUAGAGAGAUACUGCCUAUAGAAUGAGACUCUGUGUAGCAGAUAAACAUGAACCUACUGCCACCAUACCUAAUUGCAGGUGUGGGCUAGAGGGGUAUAAAGCCUGCAGCAUUGUAAACAAAUCCUCACAACAGUGUUCAAGAAUAUAGUUAAAAUUUAAACAGUUACUCCAACAAAAGCAGGAUAACAGUUUUUAAUACUUUACACUGCCACAAGUUUAGUUUUACACUCCUUUCAGUCUGGAUGCCACUAAAAGCUGUUUAAAGCUGUAGCUGUGUUGAGUGGGCUAUUAUUACAGACUUUAUUGGUAACUAGCUUGGCCUUCAACCUGUACUACUACUACUUUUCUUGAAAUUUUAACACAAAGUCCUUGUCCACAGUCAACAGUCCAGCAGCAAAUAAAGGUGGACAUUCUAAAAUCCUGGUAAGGCAUCUCCAAAAAGGAAAAUAAGAGAUAUUUUUUAAUAGUUUAGUUUUUCCAACUACUUUCAGGCCUGUACAAGUCAAACAAAUCUUCUAAACCAGCAGCAAGUAAGAAAGGUCUACAAAAUAUAUUUUUAAAAUAUUUAAUAUUGGAUAUCUUCAUGAAAACUGUAAGAAAAUGGAAGCCAUGUGAUUUCAACUAGGCCACCAACAUCAAUAGAUGUUUAGGUUAAAUGUUGGCCAUUAAUAUUAUGUUCUGUGCCUGCAGGCAUUACUUCUAUUUCGUUGCAGACAGAACUAAUAUCUUAAGAUAUUUCAUGUUUUAUCUGGUCCUAAUUUAAUCUUAUUAUUUAAUAUGCAUUCACUCCUCAAUUCCAGAUCUCCAACACUAAUUAUGACAUUAAUUAGCUUGUUUAUGGUCAUCUUUAAGAAAAGACAUUCUAAUUUCAAAGCUUU